ACUAACUGACCGCAGUCUUUGCUUAAUCGUUGCUUCUUGCCUUAAUGUUCCUUUCUGAGGACAACACAAAAAAUAUCUCUGUGUCAUAUUGCUGUCACCAGUGAUCGGAAACAUUGAUCUCGGGAAAUGCGGUGCUGUCUGUACUUGGUCCUUGUGUGUGUGGCGGCGCUCUUCCCCUCCGGGCUGUGCCAGGACUCCUGUAGGGUGUCGGAUGGCAAACCAGGGGAGAAGGGAAGCCCUGGCUGGGACGGUUUGCCUGGACCGAAGGGAGAGAAAGGAGAGCCUUAUCUGCUUGGUGGGAUUGGAAAGGUGGGGGGCCUGAAGGGGGAUCAAGGGAGCAAAGGAGAGCCCGGAGAAAUUGGCAUGAAGGGGUACGCUGGACAUGAGGGGCCGAAGGGUCCCCCUGGACUUCCUGGUCAAAAAGGGUCAAACAGCGGGAGCUCUGGCAUCCCACAAGACAAACAGGCAGCAUUCUCUGUGACCCGGACCAAAGAAGACCCUCCCACCAAUGACAGGCCAUUGGGGUUUGACACCAGUUUGGUGAACAUUAAUGCAGACUUCAGUCUCGAUGCGGGCAAAUUCAACUGCAAGAUUCCAGGUGUUUACUAUUUUGUAUUCCAUGCCAUGUCUUCGCAAAACAUUUGUGUGAGGCUGAGGAGCGACCAGCUGGCUGAUUCACUGAACUUCUGUGACUACAACAGCAGGCGUAACAAACAGGCGCUCUCCGGGGGCACGGUGCUGCAGCUGUCUGCGGGCCAGAAAGUGUGGCUGGAGCCUUUCAAGGGCCAUCACGACAAAACUUCAGCUGCAAAAUCAAAGGAUAGGUUCUUUGUAUUCAGUGGGUUCCUAAUCAGCCCAACUGCAUAGAUGAGCUCUGUCACAGAUAGGCUCAUAACUAAUGAAGUAAUGCUGCAAAAAUUCAGCUUAAAAAACAAGAAAAUAAAGUUAUAAAAUGGGGGAUAUAUUACUUAAAAUAAGCAAAAUGAUCUGCCAACAGAACAGGGAAAUUUGACUUUG